AGAGGUGACAGAACCACAUGGAGAGAGAGAGAGAGAGAGAGAGAGAGAGAGAGAGAGAGAGAGAGAGAGAGAGAGAGAGAGAGAGAGAGAGCAGACAACAAAGUAAUACAACCACAAAGACAACAUCUAAAUCACCAGUAAACAUCAGGGAUGGACCAGCCUCUGUUCCUCCUCCUUGUUUUCUCAGGGCUGUCCAUCCUCCCCUCAUCCCUCACUCAUCAGUUCCACUUUGUGAAUUUGAAUAAGACCUGGACUGAAGCUCAGCGUUUCUGCAGACAGAACUACACUGACCUGGCCACCAUAGAUGACAUGGCAGAUAUGAAGAAGCUCAAUAGCACAGUAUCAGCUAGUUGGAGAGGAUCAGCCUGGAUAGGGCUGUAUAACAUAAUCUGGAGGUGGUCUCUGGGAGACAGAGAGUUAGAGGGGGAGGUGUUUUGGGAUGAUCAUCAUCCAAAUAAUGAUGCCGAAACGUUGUGUGUGUAUAUGUUGCUAAAUGCGACUUGGCAAAAUUAUGACUGUAGUAAAACAUUUCAUUUUGUCUGCUAUGAUGAAAAAAAUGCGACCAAUAAGUACAUUCUCAUUGCUGAAUAUAAGACUUGGAGUGAUGCUCAGCUCUACUGUCGGAAGAAACACACAGACCUGGCCAGUGUGAGGAACACAACAGAGAGGGACGCCAUUAAGAGUAUCUUACCUAACGUCACUGGUAUCUACAGAGUGUGGAUUGGUCUGAAUAAAUCUCUUGGAGUCUGGAGGUGGUCCGACCAGAGUGGCUUCUCUAUCAAGAGCUGGGAAACAUACAAGGAGAACAAUGCAGAUGGGAGUUAUCAGAACGGAGAGUUCUGUGGUGAAGUUACUUUCCCUUCUGGAAAGUGGAAUUAUCAGGGUUGUACCACCAACACUCAUUUUAUCUGCUAUGACGAUGAACUGGUCCUGGUCACAGAGAACAAGACGUGGUCAGAAGCCCUGUGGCACUGCAGAGACCUGGACAUGGAGCUGGUGUCUGCCCACAACCAGAGCAUCCAGCACCUGGUCCAACAGAGAGCCAAGAAGGCCUCCACUCCCUUCGUCUGGCUGGGCCUGAGGUACACCUGCACCCUGGAAUUCUGGUUCUGGGUCAAUGGAGAAGAGUCCUGCUACCACAACUGGGCCAAGGGGGAGGGCUACAACACCAGCAAGGAGCAGUGUGGGAACACGGGGGCCAUUCAGAGAGACGGGGGACAGUGGGUCGGCAAGGCUGAGACUGAGAGAUUCAACUUCAUCUGCAGCAAAAGUGAUGAUUACUAGGACCAGACCCUGUUCUGUAGACCAGCUGAACCCUACAGCCAACAUUGUUCCAGACCCUGCUGUGUAGACCAGCUGAACCCUACAGUCCAGAAUGUUCCAGACCCUGCUCUGCAGACCAGCUGAACCCUACAGUCCAGAAUGUUCCAGAUAUACUCAGAUUUACAUCAUACAAGGUGAUGGAUACUCAUUAUUUUUUUAAUAUAUGUGUAUUUAUUUACAGAUAACUCCAGAAGUUUUGGGACAGUGACAAAUGUUUAGUUGUUUUGGCUCUGUACUCCAGCACUUUGGAUUUGAAAUGAUUCAGCUGUGAGUUUGAAGUGCAGACUGUCAGCUUUAAUUUGAGGGUUUUUCAUCCAUACUGAGUGUACCGUUACAGCUCUUACAGAACUUUUUGUACAUAGUCCCUCCCAUUUUAGGGGACCAAACAUAUCGAGACAAAUUUACUUACAGUAUGUGUGUAAUAAUGUAGUCAAAAGGUCAGUAUUUGGUCCCAUAUUCAUAGCACGCAAUUUUUACAUCUGGCUUGUGACUUUACAAACCUGUUGGAUGCAUUAGCUGUUUGUUUUGGUUGUUUCAGAUUAUUUUGUGCCCAAUGGAAAUGAAUAGUAAAUAAUGUACAGUGUCAUUGUGGAGUCACUUUUAUUGUAAAUAAGAAUAUAAUAUGUUUGUUUCGAAACACUUAUACAUUAAUGUGGAUGCAAACAUUAUUAUGGAAAUUCAAGAAUAAUGGUGAGCGAGAAAGUUACAGACACACAAAAUUACUGACUGUCUGCAAUUUAACCUCAUAGACAUUGUAUUAUUUAAGAUCCAAAGUGCUGGAGUACAGAGCCAGAAGAACACACAUAGUGUCACUGUCCCAAUACUGUUGGAGCUCACUGGAAAUAAAACAUAGAGCUACAUAGUUCUCACUGGAAAUAAAACAUAGAGCUACAUAGAGCUCACUGGAAAUAAAACAUAGAGCUACAUAGAGCUCACUGGAAAUAAAACAUAGAGCUACAUAGAGCUCACUGGAAAUAAAACAUAGAGCUACAUAGAGCUCACUGGAAAUAAAACAUAGAGCUACAUAGAGCUCACUGGAAAUACAACAUAGAGCUACAUAGAGCUCACUGGAAAUACACCAUAGAGCUACAUAGAGCUCACUGGAAAUAAAACAUAGAGCUACAUAGAGCUCACUGGAAAUAAAACAUAGAGCUACAUAGAGCUCACUGGAAAUAAAACAUAAGAGCUACAUAGAGCUCACUGGAAAUAAAACAUAGAGCUACAUAGAGCUCAUUGGAAAUGAAACAUAGAGCUCACUGGAAAUAAAACAUGGAGUUCACUGGAAAUAAAACAUAAAGCUACAUAGAGCUCACUGGAAAUAAAACAUGGAGCUACAUAGAGCUCAAAGGAAAUACAACAUAGACCUACAUAGAGCUAACUGGAAAUGAAACAUAGAGAUUCAUAGAUCUCACUAGAAAUAAAACAUAGAGCUUCAUUGAGCUCACUAGAAAUAAAACAGAGCUACAUAGAGCUCACUGGAAGUAAAACAUAGAGCUAUGUAGAGCUCACUGGAAAAAACAUAGAGCUACAUAGAGCUCACUGGAAAUAAAACAUAGAGCUAUGUAGAGCUCACUGGAAAUAAAACAUAGAGCUACAUAGUGCUCACUAGAUUAUUGUGACAUGUUUUCAAUAUUUGUAUAUUAUAACAUGUGAAUUGAUUAUUAUUAUGUUGUGCUGUUGUUUUAUUACUGGUUGGUAACAAACCUACUUUAAUGUAGAAAAUAACUAGACUAACCUCUACCCUGCAAAUUGACUCGGUACAGGUACCCCCUGUAUAUAGCCUCGUAAUUGUUAUUUUUAUUGUGUUACUUUUUAUUUUACUAUUUUUGCUUUAGUUUAUUUAGUAUCUUUUUCCUUAACUCUAUCUUGAACUGAUAUUUGAUAUUAUAUAAGGAGAUGGAUACAGGAUUUUAUAAUAACAUAUUUUAUAUUAUACUCUUGUAAUGUAAUAAUAUCAUACCAUACUGUUGUUUCCAUAUUUACUUGCUAUACUUGUUGAUGUUAAUGAACAUUAAUGAAUGUUAAAGGUUAGCCUUUAGUUGUUCUCAAUAUUCAGUAGUUUUAUUUAUUUUCUAUUACAACUUCCUUUUACUGUUUCCAGAGUAUAUUUCACUUAUUCAUUAUUUUAUCUAGACCAUUAAUUGCAUUCCAUUAUAGAAAUAUUUUACGUUUUUUUGAGUUGUUUUAAAUAUAUUGUAACAGCAGUCAUUUUUCUAUGAUACUAGUGUGUAGCAUUUAAAUGACUGUAUCUGUUCUGGUGCUGGUGGUGGAGUCUUCAUUUAAAGGGGCAAUCUGUGACGGGGGCAUCUGUUUUAAAAAUUUUAAUUCAUGAAAUGUACCCAUUAAUUCUUGAAGUAUAUGACUCAUAAAUGCCUCAUGAGCUUAAUUCAGCUGUCAUGUCCCAUCAGAACCCAACAUAUAAAUGUGUUUUAUUCCAUUGUUUGUAAACAAUGUAAUUGUAAACAAACACUGUUUAGCCUCAAAAACAUAGUUUAAACUAUAAUGUCAAUAUCAUGGGUGGUCAUCCUGUAUAGUCUCAGAAACAUAGUUUAAACUAUAAUGUUGAUAUCAUGGAUGGUCACCCUGUAUAGUCUCAGAAACAUAGUUUAAACUAUAAUGUUGAUAUCAUGGGUGGUCAUCCUGUAUAGUCUCAGAAACAUAGUUUAAACUAUAAUGUUGAUAUCAUGGAUGGUCAUCCUGUAUAAUCUCAGAAACAUAGUUUAAACUAUAAUGAUGAUAUCAUGGAUGGUCAGUCCUUUUGUAUUUUGUUCUGUCUAUUAAUGUCUAUUUCCAUCCUAAAGAUUUUCCCAAAACAGUGGUGGGGUUUACACUUUGUUAUUGGUUGAAAUGCAGAUUGCCCCUUUAACUAUUUCACUAUGGUACAUUCAUCCUGUACGCAGUAAAAAAAAUAUAUAUAAUAAAGUUAUGAAAAUGCC